GGAGCUGGAAGGAUUCAGGGGAGCCCUAACCUAGGUACGGCCCAAUGGCCCUGGGUGAAGAAAAGGCAGAGCUGGAAGCACAUGUGGACACGAAGGCCCAGCCCUGCAGGAGCUGGCACCUUGAGGAGCAAGAAGGGAUGGCCCAGGGCCCUGAGGCAGGGCAGCCACCUUACCAGGAAGCUGAGGGAGGGCCUGCCUCUCCUGUGUGCAGGACAAAGGGGCUACCUGCCUUUACCUGCUGGGCUGGGGCUAACCCUAGCAGCACCUCUGGAAUUCAUCUGCCACAGGCUAGUGUGGCCAACAGAGCCGCGGAAGCUGAUGGGGGUAGGCCUGCCCUCGGUGGCCUGCUUCCUCCUGCCAUUACAGGGAUUGGAGACCUUUCUCUAGGAAGCCAGAUGGAGGAGACGAAGCUUUCUGCCUCCCAAGGGCUACCUCAAACUGUUAACAUGCCCAGAACUGCAGCCCUUUGCUCAGGACACGACGCUGAUACUGAAGGUGACCCAUCCCCAGUUGAUUCACCCCAGUUGCUGGGCCUGAACCAGCAGCCUCACAUCUCAGGUGUCUCUUUCCCGUCACAGCGGAAGUCCAUAGUGAGCCUAGGUGCCACUGCUCCUCGGCUGUCCAGCAGCAGUGUCUCUGCCUCCUCUAUUGGUAGCAGUCUCCAGGCUUACCAAGAGAAGGCAGUGCCUCAGAGUGGCUCCUUUGCCAAGGUCUCGUCCUCCCUGGAGCUGGCGGUCUCCCAGCAUCCCCUCACUGCUGGGGUGGCAGGGCCUCGGCUCCAGUGGUCAUCGCAGCCUACAGCCUCUGGCGGUGAUACUGCUGGUCUGGGCAGGAGGCGCCUCUCCUUCCAGACUGAAUAUUGGGCCUGUGUGCUGCCAGAUUCCCUGCCUCCUUCUCCCGACCGCCACUCCCCACUCUGGAACCCAAAUAAAGAGUACGAAGACCUGCUUGACUAUACCUACCCGCUGAGGCCUGGGCCCCGGCCCCCAAAGCAACUUGACAGCCGCACGGUGGCUGAGCCUGUCCUGCAGGACUCUGGUGUAGACCUGGACAGCUUCUCUGUCUCCCCCACAAGCACUCUCAAGUCACCAAUCAAUGUCGCCUCCAAUUGCCCACUAGCAGAGGCCCCCACCUUACCAUUUUGUGGGCCCAGAGAACCAAGCCUUAAGCAGUGGCCCUCUGGAGUACCCCAGAAGCAGGGAAUACCUUGGAGCCAGCUUUCAUCCACGCCUAAGGCCCCAGGCCGUGGGGAUGCCCCUUGGAAGGGUGGGGAGACAGCCCUGCGGGGCACAAAGGAUUGGCUACCUGUGGGCAAGCAGCUCAAGCUGGGCUUUCCCCAAGUGAGGACAAGAGACAGAGAAUGGUUCUCACCCAGGCCGGAGAGGGAGAAGAGGGCCAGCCAGGGUGUCCUGCGCCCUGCCGGAGUGGAGUCUGGAUGGAAAUCAGAAGAUGAGGUGGAAAGUGACGAUGAGUAUCUUGCCCUGCCCACUCGGCUGACACAGGUUUCUAGUUUGGUUUCAUAUCUAGGCACCAUGCCCACAUUAGUGACUCUGCCCACUGGGGCUGCUGAGGGACAGAGCUCUUCAGAAGUGUCGGACAGUAACGGGCCAGCUUCCCUCCCAUCAGGUUCCAGCCAAAGCCAGCUUCCUUCUGGGGCUGCCCUCCACAGGUCUGGGGCCCUCGAAGGCCAGAACCUGCACAACUUCAUGUGUGCCCAGAAUUCUGCAGAAGACAGUCUGGUGAGCAGCCAGGCCCUGAAGGUCUCCUCUGGACUACUGAAGUCAUGCCCCGCCUUGCCAACUGUGUUGGACAAGUGGCCCUCCUCAGAUCUAGAUGCUGAAGGGCAUCCUCUCAGGAAAGCAGAAGGACAGAGGGAAGCCUCCUUGGUCCAGUGUGUGCAGAUGUUUUGCUGUCAACUGGAAGAGCUGAUCCACUGGCUGUAUAAUGUCACAGAUGUCACUGACCUUGGGACUCCUCCCUGGUCCAGUCUCACAGGUCUCAAGUCUUCUCUGCAGCUUUACCGGCAAUUUAAGAGAGAUAUCCACGAGCAUCAGUCCUUGACGGAGAGCGUCCUAGAGAAGGGGGAGACGCUUCUUCAGUGCCUGCUGGACAAUACCCCAGUUUUGAAGGAUGUCCUUGGGAGGAUCUCGAAGCAGUCUGGUGAACUGGAGAGCCAUGCAGAUCGGCUUUAUGACUCUAUCCUAGCCUCUCUGGACAUGCUGGCUGGCUGCAGCCUCAUCCCUGACAGCAAGCCAGUGUCAGCCAUGCAGCCCCCAUGUGCAGGGGUUUAACCAGGCCAUCUUCUUCAGGAAAGCUGCAGUCACCAGCCAAAAGUCGUUUGUGGGAAAGAAAAAGUUCUCAAGAAGUCCUGGCAAGAGCCACGUAACAGUUAAAUUUAAGGAGGAAACUUUAAUGUACUAGCUUUAAAAUGCCCUGCUCUUGUGAAAAAGUAAGGGCUGUUGAGUUACUGUUUCUAUUUACAAUGAACCCUUCCAAACAGAAAGUUUUCCUUUUGGUGCUUCUCUAUAAAAAGCAUGUGGCUUUGCAGUUUUUGGUAAAAUAGUAAGAUUUACAGGUCUUGACUUCCCUCUGUUCAGUUAAAAAAAAUUGUGGAGAAACCUCCUAAGUCUUCCACCUGUUGGGUCACUGACAGAAGACUGCUUUGAGAAAGAAGCUUCCAAAUACAGUAUUUGGUAUUCUUAGGCAUAGAAGGGGAUCCAUGAAACUGAAAAAAGCAAUAGGUUGGCCAGAAACCUUGGGUCUUUUUCAGAAAGGCAGUCUUAGGUUUUACAUUUCCUCUUUAAAAAAUUUUCAGAAGACUUUAGCCAGAGGUCUGCAGAAGAAAAGCAGUAAAGGAGUAGAACCUCUACAAAUUACUGUGGGCACAGGUCAUACCUUUGCUGUCUUCCUGGCUGAGGUCUCCACCUUCCUGCCUAGCUGACCCCUUAAAAGAUGUGAAGAAGAUGGAAAGUUGCUGUGGGGCUUCAGCUUAGUUAUGGAACUAAUUAUUUAGUCAAGCUUAAGGGUGAUUCUUGAGGAACUCAUCUGUCCCCUCUGCUUUCCCUUGGACUAGUACUGUGUAAGGCCAGGGUAGAGGAUGGAUAGGGCCAUGUAGCAUGUGCCUACAGAAACUAAAGCUGGAGGAGUAAAGAAUUCUUGGUCGUUGGGGAGCAGCAUGUUAAGUACCGUCAAAAGAAAGUGGAUCAAUCAGUUAAAGGAUCAAUUCUCAAGUUUUUUGAAGCAAAGCAAUCAGUUAUUGCUAUUAACUGCAGAUUCCACCCCCAAAAAGCACUUGAUGAAAAGUUCUAUUUGGUUGUUGAAUAACAAAAGAAAACACAAUACAUUAACAAGUGUCUAAAGUUCUAGUAAAUGUGAUUUUUAAGAGAGACACUGGACAUAGCUAUUAAAUUCCAAUAUUUAAAGACUGGCCUUCGACACAUAAAAUACAGUAUUUCAAGUGCCAGCUGCUAUUUAGUAGCAUAAUGUGGAUUUACCAUAAAUUUAAGGACAUACUCAGAAUUAGAAGUGUUUUAUGAUUCUGCCAUCUCAUAAUAAUUUUGAUUGUAUAAACAAUGAGAACUUAAAAAGACAAGAAACAUCUUCCUGGAAAGUAAUUAUAUGUACACAUACAUAUAUACAUGUAUAUUAUUUCUUUAAAGCCUAGAAUUGGUUAAAAAGGCAGGUAUGUAUAAUGUAUUCUUUUUUUUUUUUUUUUUAAGUAAGAUUCCCUUUUUUUUAUUUUAAA